AUGGCGACACCAGUGACAUCUGCAAGUAUAAGAAAGGCACAGAUACCAAUUUCUUGUCAUUUUUGUAACGGAAACAAAAUCAAAUGGAAAUGCGAGGAGUGCGAUAUAAUGAUGUGUAAUUCUUGUAAGGAUAACAUCCAUGAAAGAAUUAAAUCAACAAAGGAUCAUGAAGUGUUAUCCUUUGACAAUGUUGGUGAGGAUACAUCUGCUUCCACGGGGGUUUCAUCUGAAGUCAUUUCAUCAAUUUUCAAUUCUUAUACAACUACUGUACCAGUACAUAACUUGUUAUGCACAGAUGAUGACAUUGUGUACAUUCUUGCAAACAUUCCAACACAAGAAAAACUUAUUAAGGUGAAAAUGCUGAAAGCUUCAAUUCGAACAUUGAUGUCCCUUGAUGAACCUAUAUUUGACAUUGCCUUAAACAAAAAAGGGAAUGUUGUUUUUACUAACGUGUCUCGUGUACCUGAUAGUCCCAUACGCAUGUUAUUACCGUCUGGAGAAAUUAAAACUGUUUUAGAUCCUAAACCGAUGCGGUUACUUGCUUUACACUUAAACGAGGACAACGAACUGAUAUGUGGUUUACGUGAAGAAGGUUGUCCAUUCCCAAUACAUGAUUUCUCCGUGCGGCAAGUUGUUGUUUUUGGAAGCGAUUACAGGAAAAAAAAUACUUUCGAAUUCGACGUAAAGAGAAAAAGAUUAUUUGCGUACCCAUCACGUAUCCGAACAAAUUCCCAAAAUAUCAUUUAUAUCCUUGAUUGGACUGACAGUAACCACAAUGGGAAAAUAGUAGCAAUUGAUAGAAGUGGUUUCCUGAAAUUUACUUAUUAUGGUCCAAACAGUUUUGAAUUUUUCCGUCCAACAUCAAUGGUUGUCACUCCAAGUGAUAACAUCGUGUUGUGUGACAAAGAAAACGACGCUUUACUUGCCUUAAAUUCGAGAGGAACUCUAGUUGCAAUUCAGAUUGUUCAUGAGAUGAAUAUAAGAGAUCCAUGUGCACUGUGUAUAGAUAGUGAAGGAUUUUUACUUAUCGGCUGUGUCGAAAGCGGGAAUGAGAGCGGGAAAAUUCACGCUGUUAAGAUGACAGAGAAACUAUUUUGA